AUGCAGCUUAUGGCAAAGUUGGCCAAAAAGGUGCGGCUCGGUGGGCUCAAAGCUCUGUAUCAGAGGCCUCGCCGCCGGCUUCUCGGGUAUCAGAAAGUGCAGCUUUCUUCUGCGGUUUAUUCGUCGCUGGUGCGGCCGCCGGCCGGUCAUUUUCCAGUGUAUGUUGGGGAAGAGAGAGAAAGAUUUGUGAUUCCGACGGCUUUUCUCUCUCAUCCAUUGUUCAGUGCGUUGCUGGAGAAGGCGUAUCAGGAGUAUGGAUUCAAGCAAGUUAAUGGGUUGAGGCUUCCUUGUAAUGUUUCUGUGUUUAUGCAUGUGGUGUCUGCGGUUGAGAAGUCUGGUGGUCAACUUGAUGUUGAGAAGAUCACGGGAGAACAUGACUUCUGGUAA